AUGCUACCAAUUCGUAAUUAUGUUGUUCAUGAUUAUAACUUUCUACGAAAUGGUUCUAAUUUAUCGAAGCAAUGGUGUCGAUGCUGGUUUCGAUUACUAGAUACUAAUUUAUACAUAUAUAAGAAGAAUGAGAUUGAAUUACUGGAGAAAAUUUCUCUUAUCGACUACAUUGUACUUCCAUCUGGCGUAAAGCGGCAAUGGAUGGCAGUAUUAAAUCAAGCAGUUACAGAUAAUAAUUACGCAAUCAAUGACGAUACUAAGGAAUUAGAUAUUCCAAUUGAAGAUGCAGACCAUGAAUCAGAUUCAGCCGGAUCUCAUGAUGCUAACUCUAGUGAUGAAUCUACAGAACUAACGAUAAAAACACCAAUAGCACUAGUAUCGAAAGAAGAUAACCCCUCUGAGAACAAAUUGGAUUCAAAUAUUAAAGAAUUUACUUAUUAA